AGUUGUUAUAGUUUUAAGAGCAAAGGACAUGAGCAUAUUCAGCUUAGUGCUUUUUGCCACCAGUUUAGCUGUGGCGUGGGGGGAUGAAAAAUAUAUAAUUUCGACUAAGCAGGGUAAAGUGGAGGGUAGUUUAGCAUCAAACGGAUUGUACUGUGAGUUCCUGGGGAUCAGAUAUGGCGUGCCUGUUAAAUUUAAGGCACCACUGGAACCGCCUUCUUUCUCUGACGUGUACAAGGCGGACUCCCGCGCCGUCCUCUGCCCCCAGUUCCCCUCCAACGACCCCCUCGCGGCCCCCAGCGACAGCGAGGACUGUCUCGUCCUGAACAUCUUCACCCCCACCCCUGUCACUGGCCUAAACACCACCCUCCCUGUCAUGGUGUUCCUUCACGGCGGCGGCUUUGGAGUUGGCGCUGGUUCCCCAUCCUUCUACGGACCUCAAUACUUAGUAAGCCAUGGGGUUGUAGUCGUCACUCUUAACUAUAGACUUAAUGCCUAUGGCUUCCUCAAUCUAGGCAUAGAAGGGGCUCCAGGAAACGCUGGCUUAAAGGAUAUUAGACAGGCGUUAAGAUGGAUUAAGGAGAACAUACUUCAUUUCGGUGGGGAUGUCGAUAAUGUUACAGUUUUUGGACAAGGCAGCGGUGGGACUGCGGCUUUAUACUUAACUCUUUCAGAGUCUACGAAAGGUCUGUUCCAUAGAGUGAUAUCUGAGAGCGGUACGCUGUUCACACCUGAAUCUUUCGACCAUGAUCCCUUAGCCACAGCGAGCCAAGUCGCAAAAUCCUUAGAAGUAAUUAGCACAGAUCCGGAGAAAUUACUCAAACUAUACAAUGAUACGGCCGUCAUGAAAGUUGAAGAGGCUAUAGCGAAACAGAUGCAUCCUAAAUCUGUCUUUAUUCCAUCUGUAGAGAAGACUUUCGAUGGGGAAGAGCCAUUCUUGACUGAUACUCCUUUCAAUAUCUUAACAACUGGCAAGAAACACAAAUCAUUCAACCCAGUGCCGGUCAUUAUCGGUCUUAACACGGUUGAAGGUUUAAUAAGUACUUUAGAUUACAACACCAUAACCAGUCAAAUGGACAGGAUUAAGAACGAAGAUUACUCCGCUCUUGACCAACGCUCCCUAAUAGUGCCUAAGGACGAAAUAGAAGAAUUCAGGAACAUAAUGAAGGAAACUUACUUCACAAACGUAACAUCUGACGAAGCUUUAAUAGGUGGACUUAUUAAUUGCAAUUCUGACUUCUCUUACACCGGACCGAUGUCUUUAUUCUCUGAACUGUAUGCAAACUCGUCUAGUCUUCCAGUCUACGAGUUUAUCUUCAAUUAUAUAGGGAACAGGAAUUUGGGAAGGCUGCUGACGAACAGUAGUCUGCCGGCGACUGCUAAUCGAGAUGAGCUGUUCUAUAUCUUCGAGCUGGAGAGGCUGCCGCUUCCUAUGGACGAGAAUGAUGCAAGGAUAGUGACGUUUAUGACCAUGAUGUGGACCAACUUCGCUAAAUUCGGCUCCCCAACCCCAGACCCGGCCAGCGGCGAGUGGCUGCCAGCCCCUCACCACCUGGAAAUAAACCUGGAGCCGCAAUACGUGGCCCCCCUCACCCCCGACCGCGCGUACUUCUGGCGCGCCUUCUUCUAUAAGUACGGGACGGGGAAAACCAGCGAGUGA